AUGCCGUCCGCCCUCGUCACCGGCGCCUCAGGCUUCCUCGGCCGACAAGUGUACAAAGCCUUCACCGACGCGGGCUGGCAGACCACAGGGACGGGCUUCAGCCGAGCGGCCGGCUCAAUUCGCAAGGUCGACAUUCAAGAUGCAGAUGCGGUUGAGCGAUUGUUCGAUGAGGUCAAACCGCAAGUCGUCGUUCAUUGCGCCGCAGACAGACAACCAGACUCAUGCACCAAAAACCCCGAAGCUGCCUACCGCCUCAACGUGACAGCGACGCAGCACAUAGCCACGGCCGCGGCACGGCACGGCUCGUUCCUCAUCUACAUUUCAACCGACUACGUCUUCCCCGGCAAACCAGGCGAGGCCCCGUACAAGGCGACCGACGAACCGAACCCGACAAAUAUCUACGGACGAACGAAAUGGGAGGGUGAGAAAGUAGUAUUAAACACCACCACCGACACCAACGCCAAUAACUACGACAGCUCCAACACUCCCCCCGUCAAAUCAGUCGUCCUUCGCGUCCCUGUUCUCUACGGCCCCGUUGCCGAAUCCAACUCCGAGAGCUCCGUCAACAUCCUCAUGGACAUAUUGUACAAAGCCCAAGAGGCCAAGGACAAAAACCCGUCGAGUACCCCCAUCAAAAUGGACGAUUGGGGCAUUCGAUAUCCAACCAAUAUCGAAGACGUGGCGAGGGUUUGUGUCGACACUGCAAAGUAUUAUACUAGUUCUGCUGCCGCCGCCAACAAGGAGCUACCGCGCAUCCUCCAAUUCACCAGCGAGGACCGCAUGACCAAAUACGAAAUGUGCAAAACUUUCGCCGAGAUCAUGGGUCUCCCGUGUGACGGAAUCGUGGCGGACAAAGACGGCGGCAGCGGUGCUGCCACGCAGAGACCGUAUGAUACUCACCUCGACACGAGUGACUUGAAAAAGCUGGGCAUCGAUGUCUCCACCGUCGACUUUGUGGCGUGGUGGAGGAGAUACGUGGGCGCAUUUCGACAUUAA